GACUUGUCAACAACUUACAGAACCUGUCCCUGUACCUGCAACAGACCCAGAUCAGCCUUGCUGAGGCAUACACCAGAGUGGAAUCAACCAAAAUAACACUCACAGGGCUUAUGAGCAAAUACAGUGUACGGUGAGAAAGAGAUUUCAGUGCUGUUCAAUCACUUCAGGCCAGUGGCGUUUCCUGAUGUUCUCGUUACUCUUGAAGAUGUAACUGAUGAAGGUAUCCUGACUUGACCAUCGUUAACUGGGAACAGGUGAUGAUUGACAUGGCAGCCCAAAACCUUCAGAACAUUUUUCAACUGAUACAAAUUGUUCUGGCUCUACCACCAACAUCGGUCAAUUGCGAGACAGCUUUCAGUGCCAUGAAACUUCUCAAAAAUAAACGGAGGGGACGGCUUGGUAACGCACUCCUCAAUGAUUUGAUGACGAUUAAGAUAAUGUCCCCAAGAAUUGAAGAUUUUGACCCGGAACCUGCCAUUGCUGAUUGGCUGAUGUCCACACCAUCUGGGCAAAAGCGUAGAAUCCGCAAAGAACCAGAUGUGACAUCUGGAAGCAGUAGCAGUACAUCUGCAAUAGUUGUUGAAGAUUCUGAGGACACAGAAGCCGACACAGAAGCGAGGGCUUGUCCUUCUACUAGUGCACAGAGCAUAGCUGAGAUGAUGGACACAGUUGACAGUGGUUCCGACUCUGAAGAUGAUGACCUUGAGAUGUCUGAAGACCUUGUGUCAAAUUUGUUGUGUGAUAUUAACCAUGAAUAAAAACAAAACCAAGUGUUUCUUUUGAAAAUAUGCAUUGUUCAAUGUCUCUUUUAUGCAAAAAUAGUUGCAAAUGCCAAGACUGUAAAUACCCUUUAUGGCUGAAACAAAGGAGUAAAAUACGCUUUAAAAAUAAUUUCAGGGGGUGAAAUACCCUUCAGACUUGAUCCUUAUCUGGAGCUCUGAUGAAGUUGACAUACAACGGCGAUAACACCUUUCCUGGGAUGGAAAACAGUGUGGUUCCUUGAAAGUUGGAGCAGUAGCUAAGGUCGCCUUUCUUGGGUAGCUUGAUGAGGAAACCCUCUUUCCACUCUGUUAAAAUUUCUUCUUAUUCCCAUAUCUUGCUAAAGAGUGAGUGUAGUAGCUCCACACUGGUCCUUACAUCAGCCUAAAGCCCUUCUGCUGGUACUUGUAUGCUGUCAAUCCUGCAGAUUUGCCGUUCUUUAAUUUCAUUGAUGUCGCUGCUGAUCUCUUCCUUUGUGAGAGUGCAGUAUUUGAUUGGCAGAUCACUAGUAGCUGGCAGAAUCUCCGGUGGGUUCGCGGGAGCUGGCCUGUUGAAUAGCUCCUGAAAGUUCUCAAUCCACCUCUUCUUCUGCCCUUCGUCAUCUGUUAUUGCUCCUCCAUUUUUGUCCCUUACUCGCCUCUCUGGCUUGGCAAACUUUCCUGCUAAUCUCUUGGUGAUGGAGUAUAGAUCUUUAGUUCUGUUCUGAUAGGCUGCUUCUUCAAAAUUAAAGGCCCUCAAAUGUUGACAACUUAAAAAAAAUUCUUGUCAAUAAAAGUAAGAGACAUUCUUUUGUAAAAAUGUGUGCAUGAAGUGUUAGAAAACUGUUGUUUGUUUAACACAGUAUCAUUGGGGGACCUAUUUCUGGUGAAAACCUCAUUUCAGUGAUAUUUUUUUAACAUUAAUAACGAGAUUCUCGUGAUGACACAGCAUUUUUCUCACCACUUUGGAACUGGUACCAGUAUCGGUCAAAUUGGGAAAGCCAUGUUAUCAUCCAAAGUGGGAAAUUUUUUACUAAUGCUGAAUACUUUAUAAGACAUGUACACAUAAUUAAUGCAUCGCAAAAGAUAGGUGGUGCUCGUGAUUAAUGCCGUGUAUUGUACACUUCAGCCAUCCAUCUCUUGACUGCAUUUAUUGCUGACCCAUCUUGGUAGGUUCUUAUCCAUGCUUUCUUGGGGGACCUUUUGUCAAGCAUGGCUAGUGUCAGGGCUUUCUUGCUCACGUAAUUGGCUCGUCUUUUGAAGUUAGAUGAGAGACUUCUGAAAAGAUAUAGACUCUAUUUAUUUAAU